UCAAAACAGUGACACGGAUGUACUAUGGUCUCGUGAUAUACACAUAGUCAUAUGACUAGUCUGAGUAUAACGUAGUAGUAGUAGUAAAGAUGUGGGGAAUCUUGGCGAUUUCGUUGUGCUUUAUUAACACCUUUAGCACCGGAUACGUAGUAAAUUGGUUUUCUAAUGAAGGUCCAGAAUGGGACAAUCUCAAAGUGAAAUGGGAUGUGAAUUUGUUAAGUCCCUACACCUUCGCUGAAAUGCCGAGAACCACUGCUGAUGCUUUGUCUGAAGGGUUCGUGAUGGUUACAGACUGUGGAGCCAUUCCUGGUAUCUACGGGAAACGUUUUGUGAAGGGAGGGGACUUGUCGCUCGUGCUGUUGUACGGUGUCAAUGGCUACAUCGCUGGGAUUCAGAUAGGGGUGAACAAGACUAGCGAGCCCGCGUUCCCCCCUCCCAAACAGAUCAACCACCCCUUCGUGAGUGUCGGCAAUACAUACUACCUGACGGCCUACUUCAUCAAUCCAGCGCGAGUUUGCACUACUGGGAGGACAGCUGCUCAGUUCGCCGCCAAUGGAACUGGUGACGCACUCUAUAUCCAGAACGGCACAGACGCUGCACUGAGCUAUCUGGUAAUUCCGAGAAACGAAGCUGGUAUGACUUCAACCAAAUGGACAAAGGGACACUGCUUCUACAGCAUGGGUGAACAUUACUGGUACAAUGUCAAGGCCGACAUGAGCUGUGACGAUUUUUUCCCUGUGUUCCUCCUCUAUAACCAAGGGAAGCUGAACGCCUUUGGUUGGGCUGUCGGUACCAGUAUGACCUCCGAACGCAUGGAGCAUCCUCCGGCUAGUGUUAUUAAGAGGUUCAUAGAUCCGGUACCCGAGUGUCUGCUGAAGAUUCCCCAGCUGUCCACCAUGCACAUCUACCUAACCAGCUCACCAUCCGAUAACUUCUGCUGAUUGGUCCAGAUCUAGAAUAUGUUCCUACAAAUAAUGAAAAGCGAUUUCCUCCUUUUCAAUGACCAGACAUUCCUUCUGUUAAUAUCAGUGACGCUGGCAAGGAAUCCAUCAAUUAUAUUUUGUUUCUCUGUCGUAUCAUAUUUGAAUAUUUAUGUCUGCAUUUGUUUAUAUAAAAAUACAUUCCUUCGCCUAGUCGUUCCUUUGACCAUUCGCCACUAUCAUACAAUGUUGCCAGCCUCUGUUGUUCACUGUACCAUUCAGAAACGUAUUUCUUUUACAAACAACAUUUUAUUCAUCUUGGGUAAUAGGAACCCUUGAAUGUAUAGCAUGCUUUUUUCAAAUACGUUAAUAGAGAAGGUGCAGUAUACAAAUAUCUCAAAAGUUACACGUGAGUGUACUAAAAAGUUACACGUGAGUGUACUAAAAAGCUAACUUUGUAUUCUCAUAGAAAUAUGACCCCGGGUUGCUGUGCAUCUGAUUCAAACAAAACUGGAAAAACCAAGGCGACGUAAAUGUAGUUGAUUAUUGCCAAUUGAAGAUAUGUACGAGAAUUUGAAAUUCGCUUAAAACUGCUUGAGAAGAGAAACAACUUAAAAUAAAUAUUUUUUGUGCUUAGGUAGUCAUAAAAUAAUUAUCAUAUCAUACAUGCAUUAUUGUCAAUCUGUCCUUCGCAUGUUAUAUCAAUAUAUGUUCCCAUAUAAGGGACGUAUCAAACAAAUUUAAAUGUAUUUAGAAUAUAUUCACAUCAAUAAAUAAAUAAUCUAUUUUAUAGAGUGCUUUUUAAUUCUUCAUUUCUAAAUACGAUUUUAAUAGAUCCAUGAUUUUAUUCAAAUGAGUAAAACAUAUAUCUCUAACUGUUUAAACACUUAACAUUAAAACAGAUCAUGUGUGACAAGAUAUUACGAUGACUAUUGAUGGUAUUUCGUUAUUUUUGGUUAUAAACGAGAUACGCCAUCUGGCUCAGGUUUUGUGCUAGAUUAGGAACCAACCACUUCCUGGUAUGUACCAUAAAAGAUGUAACCAUACUUUACAAUUUGUGUUUUAAGGGAUUAUAUUUAGUGUGCCCAUAUACAGCUAGGCACGGGGUAAGCCUGGAGAUUUACCCACGAUUAAUUCUUACCACCAUCAAGAUCCUCAAAAUGAUACCCGUAAACGUAGGGUAUAUGUAUAAGCACAUGUGAUCUGACAGUGGUACACAUAUGAUCUGACAGUGGUGCACAUGUGACCUACCAGGAACACCUCCAAAUAAGACGCCAGUGUCUCCCCUUACAGGAAGGAUUAUUUAAUACGUCACUUCCUUGUUGCCUGUCGUACUAACCUAUCAGAAACCAGGCCACUAUUUAAUUACUUACUUUUAUUUACUAGUGCGUUAAUUAUUUUGUUUUUUCUUUUUCUAAAAACCGGUGACAGAGAUAUUAACAUUCGAAAGACGAUCAUUUCAAUCAGAUCAGAAGACUUUUUAAUGAAAAUGCGAAGUUGUUUAGAGGUUUAUUAACAAACAUCUCUUUGCUACUGUAUUUAUUAACUGUUACAUAUAUAACAUACUAAAUAAAAUCCUUAGGAACAGUACUGAAACAUUAACCACUAAUAAAAAUGAUGUAUUAUCCUGUUAUAUGUAACAGUGGAAUUCAGUGUGUGUAAUUAUUUAGCAAUCGUUCAUUGGGUUAGUUAACCACUAAUACAUAUGACGUAUUAUACUGUUAUAUAUAACAGUGGAAUUUAGUGUGUAUAAUUAUUUGGCAAUCGUUUAUUGGGUAAGUUAACAAUGUUGGCAAAGACUUGUCUUCGUCAUACGAUUGAUCCCCUUGAUUAAGACGAGGAAGCCUAGUCAUCGGUAUUUCAUUUGUAACUUUUAACCCCACAAGGAAUACUACAUAUAUAAUACAUAGGUGCGUAUGUAUUGUCACGGGCGUUCGUAUAAUCAUUAUUUUGCAACAGUUUUAUUAUAUCAUUGAAAUUCAACCUCAACUUCUCAUUUUUUCUUUUAGAAAUUAGCUGCAUUUUUGAUAAUGCAUCUGGGGAAGUUCAUUAUAAAUCACUUUAAAGUACCUGAUAUAUUUAAAAGAAAAUACAGUAAAGCCCCGUUUUAAUUAAUGGUGAAACCUCACUAUAAAGUACAAUAUUUUUUUUCAGUAAAACAUCUAUAAAACGCAGCCUUCUUUAUAUACAGUAAAACAUUGAUUUAUUGCACAACACCACUUGUUGAUAAACAGUAAAACUGUAAAAGAAUGUAACUUGUUUAUAGGCUAUACACCUCAAUUUAAGACUUUUCGGGUAUGAUUUAUUUGCAUCUUUUUAACCUCCAAAUUAUUUCCGUGUAACCUUUUCCGUUUUCUAAUCAAUUUGGUCAUGUUUCCAGCAGUAUGUAUUUUUGUGCUUAUUAUAGAUUACAACAUAUAUUGCCUCCUAGACGUGAAAUCUGUGUAUCGCAGGAAAACUGAAACAUAGCAUGUAUGAUGCAAGUAAUUGGAAAUCGCAAUUUUUAAGUAUUCAGUUUACAUCAUGGUUGUGAAAUAUCUAACAUUGCAUAAUCAUACUGCAAAUUUGGUCGAUUAUCUCCCUUAGACCAAACGUACUGGUGUCAUGAGGAAGAACUACAAUUCCUGCAGUCCUAAUGGCUCCUAUGUAAAUCAAAAGACCGGUAGAUUAUGAAAUUAAUAUUUGUGAUUUUCUCACUACGGAUCUAAGCAAUUAUGAGACAAUUCAAAAACUAACAAUAGAAAAGUGAUGUGUUUCUACAUAGAAAAGUGAUGUGUUUCUACACAGAAAAGUGAUGUGUUUCUACACAGAAAAGUGAUGUGUUUCUACACAGAAAAGUGAUGUGUUUCUACACAGAAAAGUGAUGUGUUUCUACACUUGUACACAGAAUUAUAGAAUGUAGGCUCCAUAUUGUCAGUACACAAGUCAAAUAAAAUAGUAAGAACGCA